AUGUUACUCAAUCAUGUCUUCCUCAACCUCAUGCUUCACUGCACAGACCCGCUUGUUGCCAUGACAUUCCCCUUGGUCCUGUUUGCUUCAUGCACCAUGCACCGAGCACUAACACGCAUGGCAACUGCACGGUGCAUUCACUCAGUUCAUGAUGCAGUAUAUCAAGCCCUCCAAACUCCAAAUCUCAUCAUCCUGUUACUCUACAACCAACUCGUCUCCUAAUCACCUCUACAAGUCGUUGACAGAUCUAGUUACCAUGGAUCCGAGACUAGUCACCGAUAGAAAGAGCAAAAGAUUCCUGCCCAAGAAGCGAUUUCGGUAUCAUCCCUCUGCGGAGUUACGCUGUCCUACUUCAGUAGAAGAUACUAACAAUGGAUCCCACUUCAGCAAGAUUUUGCGGAACAACAUAGACGGAAUUACCCGCCCCUCGAUCCGUCGUCUUGCCCGCCGCGGUGGCGUCAUUCGCAUUAGCGCUGAUGUCUAUCCUGAAGUCCGCAAGACUGUCAAGAACCGACUGACUGAGAUAAUCCGGCAAAUACUUCUGGUGAUGGAAUCAUCUACCACUCCUGGCCACGAACGCAAGGUUGUCCGUACCGAAGAUGUAGUGUUUGCUCUUAACCGUAUGGGUCAUACGCUUUAUGGCUUCGGUUAGAACCGCUCUUCAUGUACAACUACCAACGCGGAGUUCCCAUGUUCGUGAGAGCAUGUGCCCAACGCUCAUCAAUGAUCCUUCACCCGAAAAGCUUCUUUGUUUAUCAAGUGGAUGCUAUUCUAGCAGGCUUGAACUAGGAUGGUAAAGGUGCCUUGUACAGCUUCAAUCCGGUCGGUCCAUACGAGAGAGUAGUGCAG